GUGUUGAAGUUAUCAAUCAUUUGAUUGAUCAAAGAAUUAUCUACAGAUAUUUCCAAGAAAAUUCCCAACUUCUAAAAUAACCCCAUCGAUCAUUUUCAGGAAAUUAAGACAAAUGAAAAAUGGCAUCGCUUUGAAAUUUCACUUUCAUUCAGUUUGUCGUCACUGAAUUGAUGAGCUAUCCAACCAAAAUAUGUACCACAAUUAGAAGACAUCUAACCUCUCAUGACCAAAGAGAAGCCACAAAUUUAUUAGCUACUUUUCCAAGGAUACCCUAGGUAUGGAAAUUAAUGUAUAUCAGAUCUUUUCUGCAGCCUUCUAUUUAUUUAUUUUUCCAUUUCAAGGAGUCCCCCUUGGGGUUUAUGUAACAGUAUAUACAACCUGUAUCAAUUCAUUAUUUCUCAUCCACAACAGAAUUAAGACAAAUAUUUUCAUUCCUUCGUACCACUCUUGGUCUUUGUAGUCAUUCUCAUAUCCAUCAUUCAAACUUUCGAACUUUCUUAUCAAUAUCUGAAAAAAUGUCAGUGGGGACUUGGGACAAGUACUGCCCUGUGCUAUAAAAUCCAUGUUUCUUGCUGCUAUUUUUCACUCAGACGCACGCUUACAAGUCUGCUUCUCUUCCAUCCCUCACUCUGGCAUACAAAGACACUUAGAAUUAAUUAGGAUUCAUGGGUGGUGGAGAUUUCACAGUAACAGUGAGCAGAAAGGAAGUAGUGGCAGCUGUACUGCCUGUGCAGGAGUACUGGCUGCCAACGUCUAACCUGGACUUGCUUUUGCCUCCAGUAGAUGUGGGCGUGUUUUUCUGUUACAAGAAGCCACAUGAUUUAACAUUUGGGUCCAUGAUUGGCGUUCUGAAGGAGGCCCUGGCCCAAGCACUGGUGUCCUAUUAUCCAUUUGCAGGGGAAGUUUUGAGUAACUCAGCGGGUGAGCCCGAGCUCCUUUGCAACAACCGUGGGGUUGAUUUCAUGGAAGCUUAUGCGGAUGUACAACUACAAAACCUCAACUUGUAUAACCCUGAUGAAAGCAUUGAAAGCAAGCUUGUCCCUAAGAAGAAACAUGGCGUUCUGUCAGUCCAGGUGACUGAGCUCAAAUGUGGCGGAGUUGUGGUGGCCUGUACAUUCGAUCAUAGGAUAGCAGACGCAUAUUCUGCCAAUAUGUUUCUAGUUUCAUGGGCUGAAAUGGCUCAGUCCAAGCCAUUAUCCGUACUACCAUCUUUCCGGCGCUCUCUCCUCAACCCUCGACGUCCGGGCUCCUAUGAUCCUUCCCUUGACAACAUGUACGUCCCCAUGUCAGCCUUACCUCCUCCCAAAGCUCCACAGCCUGGUGAUGAUCUUCUCAUAAACCGCCUUUACUAUGUCACAGGCGAGCAGCUCAGUCUACUCCAAUCACUAGCCACCAGCAAGAGUAACUCCUGCAAGAGGACCAAACUAGAGUCUCUCAGUGCUUUUCUGUGGAAGAUGGUGGCCAAAAGUGCAGUCACGGAAAACGCAAACCAAAAAGUAUGCAGGAUGGGCACCGUGGUGGAUGGAAGAAAGAGACUGAGCAGUGGAGACGAGGUUAAAGCAGCAAUGUUGGCCUCUUACUUCGGAAAUGUACUGUCCAUACCCUUUGGUAAGAAGACAAUAAAUGAACUGAAAGAGAAACCAUUGAGCUGGGUGGCAGAUGCAAUUCGUGAGUACCUGGAAGGAGCAGUAACAAAGGAGCAUUUCCUGGGGCUGAUAGAUUGGGUGGAGGCUCACCGUCCGGAGCCAGCUUUAGCGAAGAUAUACAACAGUGGCAGUCGCGAUGGACCAGCAUUCGUGGUGUCAUCAGGGCAGAGAUUCCCAGUGUCAAGGGUGGAUUUCGGGUGGGGUAUGCCGGCUCUGGGGUCAUACCAUUUUCCAUGGGGUGGGGAAGCUGGGUACGUGAUGCCAAUGCCGAGUCCUGUCAGAGAUGGAGACUGGGUGGUGUACAUGCACCUCUCCGUGGGGCAGAUAGAGUGGAUUGAGACUCAGGCUGCUCACAUCUUUAGACCUUUAAAUUCUGAAUAUCUCAACUUGAGCAACUCAGAUUAGCUUACAUUCAUCACUUCCUAUUUGUUCACUGUCUCCCACAAUAUUUGUUAUUGUCUCAAUCUCUAUUUCCAUCUCUAUUUGCUGAUUGUCAUCGGCUUAAUGUUAAAUAUCCGUUUAAGAAGAAGCCCGCCUGAUU